CCUGGCUGGCACAUGUUUCCUAUUACAGUAGCUUUAUAGGCUUACAAUUUGUAUAAUGAGACUCAAAUAAACCGAAGAGAUGAAGGCUAUUGUUCAGCUGCCCGGGCCGGGGAGAUGAAGCCUUAAUGAGCUGUUUAGCUGAGCUAAAUAUAAUUCAAAUGACAAUGCAUCACAUUUCUUGUGAGAUUAGUAUUAAUAGUGCAUGGUCCUUUUUAAAUAAACCUAAUAAAUAAAUAAAAUAAACGUAUUACUUUUUCGAACAAUCAAUGGACAUAUGGAGACGAAUGAGCGGGAGGACCGCUGUCAAUCAAGGGUCAGCGCUAUCAGGGAUCCUUGGGACAUACACCAUUGAAGUUGACAUGUGAAAGGGUAAGGGUAAGGGUAAGGGUUAGGUUAUGGGUUAAGGUUAGGGUAUGGGUUAAGGUUAGGGUUGAGGUUUAGGGUAGUGAUCGCACUGCCAGUCAAUCAAGUAGGCCAGAGCGCGCAGCGAGCCGAUUAUGACGUGUCCUGGGCUCCUUCUACGCAACAAUGUAAAUAACGUUGUAAUUGCCGUCUUCAACACAGUGACUCAUAUGCAAAGAUUCACUUGCUCUUGCAACAUCUGAUUUUACAGACUGCGACAAUUACUGUAGCCUAUGAUUGCAAGACUCCGUCAUGCCUAGGAGAAGCGCGAGGCUAGUAACCGGAGGGUACUAUAACCAAUCCUCCGAUGAUGUGUCUUCCUCCUGCAUCUCCUACAGGGAGAGCCCCGUCAGGGUUUUCAAUAAGAAGAGAACUGGGGGACAUAAGGAUUCUUCCCGAUCCAGUCAGGCCAGCAGCACUGUCAGUGCCACCAACUUCACCAAUGAGCGAAACAUCAAUGCUGAUGACAUUGAUUUGGCUCCGACAUUGAGGGUCACCCAGAGAAGGCAGACCUUCCUGUCUCCUUCUAGUGUGGCCCCCAGUGUGGCCCUGGAGCCCAGCCUGAGCUUCUCAAGCAUGAGCUACAGCUCUGGCUACUGCUCUGAAGAGCCACAAAGGCCUAGGACAUGCUCCAGCAGGAGCUUCUCUAGUGGAAUUGGCACAAGGACCGAUGCUAUUUUCACCCGUUCAUGGUUGCCUUCCUGGUUGCCUUUCUGGUUUGCCAUCCUGCUCUUCCUCCUCCCCUUUCUUCUGACCUUCGCAGUAUUCCUGUUUUCGACUGCAUUCCCCACCAUGAACCUUAAUCUGAUGACCCGACCGACUCAACCUGACCCUCGACCUGAUCUGACUCAAAAGACUAGGCAUGGAACUCCUAUCAUGAAUUCAGCUUUCGAAAUGCAAAUGGAUACUAUACUGGGAGAGAUUGAAAUGAUGAAACAGCAAGAAAACCAGCAACAGGACAUUUCCGAGAUGUUACAAAGAAUGAGUAAGGACCUGAGGGGUGUGAAGACCGAGUUUGACGACAUGAGAGUGAGGGUGGACAGUGUGGACUUUGAGAGUGUGAGCUUUGAUCGUCGCCUGGAUCAGGAAGCUACAGAGUUCAGCAAGCAGGUGGCUGAUCUACAAGAACACCUACUCUUUACUAGAGGAAGAGUUAGGGCCCUGGAGGACAUCAGCGACACGGAUGAGAGACAGGAUGUGAAACAGGUGGUGAAAGACUGCAGUCGUCCACUGGCUGACAAAAUGCCCAACUUCGCACUCGAGUCCCAAGGUGCCAGCAUUGUAACCAGUCGUUGCUCUGAGACAUAUAAGACCGGUUCGACCCGAGUGAGUUUCCUGGGAAUUCCCCUGUGGUCUCCAUCAGAGAGCCCCCGGACUGUAAUUCAGGGCCAGCUGGUGCAGCCUGGUAAGUGUUGGCCUUUCCACGGGGCCCAGGGCACCAUGACUGUGGCUCUGUCUCACCCUGUCCACGUCACCCACGUUACCAUGGAGCACAUCUCCACUGCCGUCUCUCCCACUGGACACAUAGACAGCGCUCCUAAGGACUUUGCCGUCUACGGCAUAACUACUGACAGUGAAGAGGGAACCCUGCUCGGGACUUUCAUGUUUAACCAAGCUGGGGAUCCUAUCCAGACAUUUAAACUGCCUAACCCUAACCGUGUCUAUCGUUAUGUGGAGCUCCGUAUCAUCAGCAACUGGGGUCACCAGGACUACACAUGUGUGUAUCGCUUCCGGGUUCACGGCAAGAUGCCUUCUGCGUGAGACAGAUCCGCUGUCCACCCCAACCCCAGUGUGUGUGUCAUCCAACCCAAUAAUAUCUUAUUUUCCAUACUGGAGCGUAUAUUUUGCCUCUAGCAAAUAUGUAAAUCUAAAUAAAAUCUCUUUUU